AUGAGUUCAAAAGCAUUACCGAAUCUAUUUAUGCUAUCAGCGGCGGUAAUUGUGCUGAUGGCAAUGCUGAUCGUCUGUCCGCAACCGGUCGCGGCAAACGACAGCCAGAAUAUUAACCGGUUGCUCAACAAUCAGGUGAUUGUUAGCCGACAGAUCAUGUGCGUCCUGGAGAAGAGUCCGUGCGAUCAGCUCGGUCGGCAGUUGAAAGCCGCUCUACCGGAGGUGAUACAGCGUAACUGCCGGAACUGCUCUCCCCAGCAGGCCCAGAACGCCCAGAAGCUGACGAACUUCCUGCAAACGCGCUACCCAGAGGUGUGGGCGAUGCUGAUACGCAAGUACGGUGCCGUUUAAGGCGUGCCCGUUGGACAGGAUGGACUCCACGCUUCACGAUCGAGAAGGUGUGGAGUCCCAGAGGAUCGGAAUCUACGCCAAAUUUCACCAUCACCAUCAUCGUUAGCGUCGUCACUGUCAUAAAAUCGGAGUCGAAAGGAUGACGGAAGGACGAGGAUAGCUCUCUCCUUCCAAGGGUUUCCUUCGCGGCCGAAUCACUCACCCAUCCGUGAAAGGAAUCCACCCGUCGAAGGACACUUUCCAAUAAAACGAAUUAAUGGAAUGCACACCCUGCUGGCUGGCAUAUCAACUGCACACGCACAGAGACACAUACAUCCAGACAUAUCCACGACACACCGGCAUAUCAAACAUGCACAUCCGCCCGAGCAUGUAUAAUUUAACUUUCAGCCUCGGUGGCCAAGAUGGAGCUCUGGGACUCGGCAGAAUGGUAGGAACUGUAACGAGCCACGAACAUUCAUAGCUAGGUUGUCAGACGAUGAAGUGAAUGGACUUUUUCGUACCUUCACUCUGACGACACCCGCGGUGAUUCCGGAAGCGGAAGAAAGUCAUAUCGUUUCGGUGUCACACUUGUAGUCAUACGCUUCCUGCCAACGUCUCUCGGCUUCCGGGAGGAAUUUGGUCUAUUUUUAUCACAUAAAAACACACGUUUUUGGAGGAAAAAAAUGAAAUCGUAUUCCCGAUUUGCGAACAAACUCUGGCGUUAAAUCGGAAACGUAGCCGGAUUUUUCCAGCUCACAUCAGCUUCCUGAUCUAUUUCCUGUGCAUAUUGGAACCUUUUUUGCUCGUCGCGACACAUUUUCCAGCGCCUUCUGUGUUUCGGCGUGGUUGUGGCUUUUUCGAAUCGUCACGCGCCUUGUCAGACUGUCGCCAUGGUGACGAUGGUGCGUGAAACAAGCUUACCGAGCAAGCGGGAAACAAGAAGAAGGUUUUAUUUUCUCAUCCAAUUCCGUUUCCUGUUUGACAUCUGCUCAAUUUGUUUGUGUGCUAGCAAAAAAAAAAAACAGUAGCAGCAGGAUGCGUAAUCGGAUUAUGAGCAUCUUCACAUCACGUUUGCAACCGUCACAGAAUGGUUCGUGGUAGCAACGAUGGGUUCCGUUUGGGCAAACCGUGUGCGUCAGCGAAACUCGGACGACUUCCGGACUUCGAAAUGAAUCUUCUCCAUAAGGUGUUUUCCCGGACAGACCGUAGCACAUGAGUAGCAACACAUCAAUGUCACUAUUCCCGCAACUACUAAUGGCGCAGUGUGAUAGAAUCAUAUCCCCUUCAUAUCCAACGAAACGACGGCUUGCCACAAAACGAACGCUAUGUUAAAGUAGGACGACAAGCUUUGAAAGUUAUACAUAGGAUAAUAAGAAAGCAAAAUGUAUCAGAACAGAACACUGAACCUUAAAUUCGCGAAAAAUGCUACUAAAUGUACGAAGACGUUAAGCUAUAAAAUAACAACUACCAACUACCAGACAUAUUAACUCCAACAACAUACAGUCUAGCUCCUUGGUUCCAUGGGAAUAUCAUUGUCUCUCCCUUGCAACAUGUUUUACACCAUGUUUCACUAGAGACCCUUCCAUAUAGAGGACAGAUGUGACCUGGGCACGUCGGGUCUAUUGUUGUAGGAGUUUUACAAGGGAAAAAGCAAAAGCACCCCAAAAAUAAAGCAGACCGAUUUCGAUACAACUGACAGCAUGAACUUUUACCCCGUACCAAUGUGUUAGGUUAGUUUGAGGAAAUAAA